GGGUUUUUGAAAAGCUUUUCUGGUCGUCCCAAACGUUUUCAUACAUCAUUGAACUUGACCUUUGGUCCCUUGGAUAUAGGACACCUGAUCUGCGAGAACCCCGAAAGGGAAUGCAGGGCACAUCGAAACGCCGUUGAAAUCCGUACGAGCCGUCAACCAGACUACAACCAAACGAACGACGGGAGGCCGAGACAGCGCUACAGCGACAUCGCGCAGCAAGCCAUCAUCACGCCCAGAGCCGGAGUCCAGAGGGAAGAGACGCACGCCUACCUUUACGACCCCUCUCACCUUCCACAUCCCCUUCCCUCCACCGCGAGUGUGAGAAGCGGGGUUGAACUGAGCUGGCGCAGCAUCCACGCAACUUGCCCAGCGAACUGCAUCGUCGUUGGAGCUGAGCUCGGGAAGCGAAGCAUCGGUUGGAGGGGCUUUUUGCAGCAAUCCAUCCACCAGCACCAGCACCAGCACCAGGCCCGAGUUGUCCUUCCUGUUUCCCCUUUUCCUUGUUGGGUUACCUUCACCAUUGAAGCGACAUAUCGUCCCAUUGACCCUCUCAUCCAUUCAUCCUUCGAGCAUCGUCGUCUCGUGCUUGCUGGCUGUUCGUCGUCGAAGGUGCCACAACAUAUUGGCGGCCCCAGCUGCGUUUGGAUCGUCAAAAGAGAGAAAGAGGCAACAGAUUCUGCCACCACACACCCUUCAUCGUUCGUCGUCCGCUGCUGCUCACCCGAUCCUCUUUUCUCUCUCAGUUUCGCCCUCUCACGUUGGCGGAGCAGCCACCACCAAUUCAACUCCAAUCAGCCACUCAGCUCUCAUAACUGUGUGUGGUGUGUGUGUGCUUGGUCUAGAGAGAUCGAGACAACCAGUUACAGAGACCCUAGGUGAGAGAAAGAGGCUUGUCCCUCUCACCCAUACGAAUUGAACAUCCGGUUGUCUGUGUGUCUGCACAGCAUCUGCACCAAAACGUGGGGAAGACCGUGGGAGAGAACCAAGACACACAAACCGCAAGGAAAAGAGAAGAGACGAGCAGGUCCCAUCCUGUCAAGCUGUGUGGACGUUGUGAAGCAGAACAUCCCGUCCUUUUUAACAGGAACAACGACCCGGUCAAGCUUGGCCUACAGCCUGUUCCCCACACACCCCCUCGUUCCCUUUCUCUCUCUCACAGUCGGAAGUCUUCUCCUGAUCUCUCCUCUCAAGAGGGACACUCACACGUAUCCGUACUCACCACACCCCCCUCCUCCUCCUCCUUGAAUCCCCUCCAUCCCCACCGUCUCUUCUCACAGUCACCAGUCACCCAUCCCAUCCCAUCCAUCCCUCAUCCCUCACCCCUCUCCGCUCGUCGCUGCACGCCCACUCCCACGCCGGCGGCCCUGCUCGGUGGUGUCUGGCAAGCCGCAAAGUCUGGGUCUAGGCGAAUGGCUGGAGUGCGCCCCCCCUCAAGCUGCCAGUUUAUUAUCAUUACAUAAAAGACCGCCGCUCUCUUCCAUUUCCUUACACACUGCAACCUCUCAUCGCUGCGUCCCUUAUCUCUGGGCUGGCAAAAACAAGCUGUCAAAGAUUCAACUGAAGCUCAAUUGCGCCCGCUUGGAUGCCUUUCCCCCCAGUCACAGUCUCAGCAGCGCACCGCUCCGUACCUUAUCUCGCGGCUGUUUAGAUUCUCCCACCCUUUUCCAAGUCCCUCUACCACGCUGGCGGUUUCGCCCCAAUUCCCGUGCGGGCGCUCGUAGGCGCCACUGGCAACUUCUCCCCCGGAUAUCCCUUUUUCGGGCAAUUUUUUACGACCCCGUCCCUGCUUGUCAUCUCUUUUGCGCCCGCAACCACGCGCGAGAAGUGCCAAACACCCAUACAACGAACACUUCCAGAACAUCGUAGGGCUGGGAGUGUGGAACACGCGACGUCACAACGGCGUCCUAUCUACAGAUCCAGAUCCAGAUACAGAUCCUCCCGUGCUUGCGUUGCCGCUGCCGCUCACGCUGCCGCUGCCGCCAACGCCGACCGGCAACCUGCCUCAACCCCCGGACCAGAUAAGGCAUGGCAGAUAAGAUGUCCAUCGACAACAAAGAUCCCGUCAAGGAGGAUACUCCAGAGACCGUGGGUUCUAGUCCCGAGGGCGAACAUCAGCCUGUGCCUAAUGGCACUUCAAACAACCCCAAUGGUGCUGUCGAGGGCCAGCAACCAAAGCGAAAGGGUGGCCGUAAGCCUAUCUACGCCACCUCCGAGGAGCGUAAGCAACGCAACCGCCAGGCUCAAGCUGCCUUCCGCGAGCGUCGCACAGAGUACAUCAAACAGCUCGAGGAAGCCAUUCGUGUACAUGAGUCCAACCUGCACAACCUUCAGGCCGCUCAUCGCACUGCUGCCGAUGAGUGUCUGAUGUUGCGCUACAAGAACUCCUUGUUGGAACGCAUCCUCUUGGAGAAAGGCAUUGAUGUUCAGGCUGAGCUUCGUGCCAAAACUGGCAGCCCCAACUUGGGGCCGACUCAUGCUCCUCAAAACAUGGUCCAGCCACCACCUAUUCAGCGAGCCAUCCUGAACCGACAUCACCAGUCUCGUCGAUCCAAUUCGAGCAUCGCCCCGAAGCUGGAGCCCGGCAUCAGUCCUCUACCCCCGCCGAUACAAGCAGCCCACUCUGCUGCUUCACCAAAGGGCCGGCCUACCCCUUCAUCGCACUCCAACUCGCCAUCAAGCACGGCACCGUAUGGAGGCCAGCAGGCUCUCUCACCGGCAGCCUCUGACCACGGACCGCUUCGUCCUGGCAUGGCACCGUCCAUGAAGUCUCAACUCAGCCCCAUGGGUCCCAUGAACCCGGCCGCCCGAGCUCACAUGAUGUCCGGAGGCCCUCCUCGCGUCGGCAACAAUGGUUCAUACUACCCAACACCUGGGUUCCAGAACCACAUUGAGCAGCUAGAACAAGAGUAUGAUGCUCCAGCGGACAUGAUUGAAGACUCCGAGAUCGACACCCCAAGCGGGCCUGGGCCAUAUCCCAGCGGCUUCUCUGGCGACGCACCACAGCAUAUGAUGACUUCGCCAAACUCCGUUGGCCCCGGCCAUGGCCAGCACAUGACGUCUCAGGCUGAGCCUGCACAACCUACCCACACGACCCAGGGUGCAUAUCCCUCCAUGACCCAGCUCUUGGAUACCGGCAUUGAUUGGGAUCCCUUUGGACUGAGCGCCAGCAUGGCCUUCCCAUCACAAUUCUCUUUCGAUACCAGCAACAUGCGGUAACUCUGCGCCCCCAUGGUGAAAGAAUCGAAAUCAUCGACACCUGCACAUGGACCGGGAUCGUUGUGAUUAAAGAGGAGGAUUUGUCCAAAUUUGUUCUAUCAAGGCCUUCGUGGCCGCUGUCUUGGUUCAAAAAGAAAAAAAAGAAGUUUAAUCAUGUGAACAUGGGAGGUUUGCGGGGAGCGAAGAAAACUCGAUACCCGAGACGACACGACAUCAGCAUUCGGACGGCGAGAUUGUUUUCUGGGCGAAGCCUAUAGCGGCGUCCUUAACUACAACAAACACCAGCGAGGGGGAAACAAAAAUUAUCAAGAUGGCUUUCAAUACCCGCGCCGUGCGGUCAUCUACGGGGAAAUGCGAUCACGACAUAAAAAAGUUACCAACAAAUCAUUUUGUCUCUUUCGAAAUAUGGACAGUCAACACUGGGCGGCGGAAAUACCCCACGGGAGGUUUGGCGGCCUGCAGUACUUGUCUUUUAUUUUCAUGUUUUUAUAUGCCGGGAAGCUUUCCGCAAUGGAACCCCGCGCUUGUUUUUAAUGGCGUUUAUUUUUUCAUCAUUCACACAUCGCAUAUUUGAUGGUGUAUAGGAUACAGGCGGAACCAAAAAAAGUUUUUCUAUUUCGGAUUUCAAAAAAACAGAGUCUUCAACUCUUGGGUGAAAUGGACAUUGGUUGAAAUCUUCUCCGUGAAGCAAGCGUCACUCAUCAUUUGCAAGGUGUCUAAAGUUUUGGUACUGAUGGCUUGUCGUUGCCAGAGGCCCCCCGGCCGUGGGGGUCCAGAUCGGCCGACGGCGGAAGAUGUGGGAACACGGAGGCAUCUGGGAGGGAAAUGGACAAACCCGCACCCACUUGUGGCUGCCGCGCGUCUGGGACAAGACGGGGCGAACGGGCA